AUGGCUGACAUCAAGAACAUUGUCGUAGUUGGAAGCGGUGGCGGGGGCGUCCCACUGGUCCAGACGCUGCAGAAACAAAUCAACCCUGUGACUCACCGGAUAGUUGUUGUUGAGAAGCGCAACUAUUAUGCUCACUGGCCAUCCCUUCUUCGUGCCUCUGUCACUGACGAGGGAUCUAUCGAUGAACGAGGCCUCGUGCCCAACGAUCGUGCAUUUGAUUCUGCCGUCAAGGUCGUCCGCUCCGGCGCCAAGCAGAUCACACCCACUGAAGUCAUCACCGAGUCGGGUGAAACUAUCCCAUACGAGCACCUUGUCUUUGCGACCGGUAGUACUUGGAGUGGUCCACUCGCUCUUCCUGACGAGAGAGAGAAUGCUAUCGCCCACUUCCGGUCGUUCAAGAAGCAGCUUGCUGCUGUUGAUUACAUACUUAUCGUCGGAGGUGGUGCCGUUGGCCUUGAGAUGGCCGGGGAGAUUCAGCAUCACUACCCUGGCAAGAAGAUCACAAUUGUCCACGGCGGUACCGAGCUCAUGAACUCCACAUACCCCCACAAGUUCCGCAAGUCCCUCCUCGACGCACUCACAAAGAAAGGCGCUCACGUCGUACUCGGCGACAAGAUAUCACCCGACGUCCUCCCCGAAGACGGAUAUGUCACCACCCAGUCCGGCACACGUAUCCGAGCUGACCUUGUCAUCCCAGCCGCAGGAGGUCGUCCUAACACCGCUGUCGUGAGCACGCUCGACUCCAGCGUAGUCACCAAGUCUGGGACAGUGCUCGUCACUCCCGAGCUUCGCGUCAAGCUCUCUUCGGGUGCGCAGAACGUGUGGGCUAUCGGAGACAUCAUCGAGUGGCCUGAACAAAAGAUGGUGUUCAAGGCCAGCACCGGACAUGCGCCUACGGUAGCGAAGAACAUACUGGCGAGCGUUCAGGGCGGGAAGGAAGCUCAGUACGAAGGGAAGCCUGAGAUGAUAUUUGUGACACUGGGACCGAAAGGAGGGCGUGGGCUUGCACCGUUCUUCGGAGGGGUGGUUAUAGGGGACUGGAUAGUAAGCAAGAUGAAGUCGUCGGGACUAUUCUUGGACAAGAUUCGCGGAGGUCUCGGAUAUUAA